AUGAAUCUUAAAAAACAUUGCAAAGCUAUCACAUUGAGGAGUGGGAGAACAUUACAAGAACCAGAAGAAAAUCAAAAACAGAAGGAAAAAACUCGUGGAAAUCAUGACAUUCAAGAAGAGGAAGAAGAGAAGCAAGUUGAGGAAAGCAAAGAAGAGGGGGGAAAACAAGAAAAAGAAACUAUGCCCUCCUACACAAAAUUUCUAAAGGAAAUCCUUUCCAAGAAAAAGAGAUUGGAGGAUUAUGAGACAGUUUCCCUAAUAGAAGAAUGUAGUGUCAUCCUACAGAACAAGCUGCCUCCAAAAUUAAAAGAUCCUAGAAGCUUCUCCAUACCAUGCUUGAUUGGUAAUAUGAAUAUUGAUAAAGACUUUUGUGACCUUAGAGCCAGCGUGAGCCUAAUGCCCUUGUCCAUUUAUCAAAAGCUAAAUAUGGGAGAGCUAAGACCAACUACGAUCUCUUUGCAAUUAGCAGAUAGAUUUGUCAAGUACCCAAUUGGCAUCCUAGAAAACAUCCCCAUCAAGAUGGGAAAAUUUUUAUUCCAGUAG